CAUCGUCUCGGAUUUAUUUGCCUAUCUGCCACCUCCUUUUGUUCCUUCAUACACGCACACAUCUCCGCCUCAGCAUUCCACGAUGGUUAUUAAUAGGCAGAGGCUUUUGUUGUCUGGCCAAGCUCAUCAUACGUGAUGAAGAGACAGCACCUUGCUGACGAAUUGUUGCUUAGUUGUUUAGCCACCUCAUUUUGAACACAUCACAUUAGCAAGGACAAAAACGAAGAAAGGCCUGGAAGGACUUGGCUACCUACCUACCUUACCCAGCAUCAACUCCCCGGCAUUCCCUUUAGCAUCUAUUCAAAUCUAGCACCCGCAAGACAACUGAGAACUGUCGUGUCCCUCAAAGAGUCCAGGGUCCAGAACGUUCGUGUCUCAAUAUCCAUUAUCCUUGUCAACUUCCAGAGCUACUAAGCAAGCCAUCAUCACCCAACAAGGUUGUUCUUGUCCGUCCUCGAUAUCAGGGACCAGCCAAGACCCUUGAUUCCAAAAAGGAUUCGGGAUUGGUCAUUCGAAAACUGAUCCUAUUUCGAGAUAGGGUCCGUACACGCCGAGAAACUCUUUCAUCAUUACCGAAUCGGUAAAACUCGGUAUCCUUCUCUUCUCUUUUCUUCUCUUCUUACCCUGACAGCCAUCUCAACGGAGGCUCACCCAUCUUUACUGGUAACACUGCUCCACAGGCAUCAGUAGAUCGCUGGUUUUGCACAGACCCUUGGCUUCUUUAUUCUGCUGUGCGCGUGCUCAAUAUCGAGUGGCGCACCCCACAAGCUCAAUCAUCGCCUUCAAAGUGGUUCGGUCAUAGAAGGACACAAUUCAAAAGUUCAACUCAAUUCAACAGUCUGACUGGUCUGGCUCAAGAAUAUCCCCCGUUUGCGCCAGCAAUAUUCUAACCCUAGUCAGUUAGAAAGUGAGGAAACUAAGCUAAGGUAACCUCCCCAUGUCCUUGCAGAGCCCUCCCGAGGCGAUGUUUACAUACAUAUAACCAGCACAGGUACCUUUUUCAUGACAUAGGUAACUAAUUGUCUGCAGCCCAGCUUGCCUUUCCAAGGUCUAGGAUCCUAGCUUCCCCAUCUGCUUCAGCAUCUUUCAGAUCUAGCCCCUGUAUCCAUCCAUUCCAUUGCUGGCAUCAUACCCCUCACCCCUCAGUAAGUACCUUACCUACUCCCCCGCGACACGGCCCUGCCCUGCCCUGCCCUGUAGCCUCCAGGGACUGUCUUACAGUGGGAGCCUUACCUACGGGACGGUAUCCGUUCUGUACCUUACUUCCAGGUCACUUCUGCUUUGCCAUUGUCAUACUUACCGUACUGCAUUAUUUUCUUAAUUCUCGACAUCAAUUGGAUCACAUUCGUUCCAUUGUCCUGCGUCUAUUGUCCUGUACGCGCCGACUUUGUCCAAUCGACUCUCGUACCUGAGCACGCAACUCGUACGAACCCUUGCGAUCGGCGACCUGCCCUACCACAGUUCACGGCCGUUUUCUUCCUCCGGUUUCCGGAUACAACUUGUGCCGUGUGUGUCGGUGUCACUGUCGGUGUCGGUGUCGGUGACAGUAUCGGUGUAGGACUUUGGUUUUGCGCCUGCAUUUGCAUCUGCAUUUGCAACAUACACAAUGCCUCACUCUCAGCAUGAAGAAGAUGCCUCCGCAGCGACGGGUGGUGCUCCCAUACCGGUGACGCUUGUUACCGACUCUCUCGAGAAGCCUUCCCUCGAUGACCGCGACUAUCGAGUCAUUCGUCUUGGCAAUGAGCUCGAGGCUCUCCUGGUGCAUGAUCCCGAGACCGAUAAGGCCAGCGCUGCCCUGGAUGUCAAUGUGGGAAAUUUCAGCGACGAGUCUGAUAUCCCCGGGAUGGCCCAUGCGGUUGAACAUCUUCUUUUCAUGGGCACCAAGAAAUUCCCAAUUGAGAACGAAUACGGCCAAUACCUCUCCGCCAAUUCAGGAAGCUCAAAUGCUUACACUGGGCCAACAUCGACGAACUAUUUUUUCGAUAUUUCUGCCAAGCCGGACAAUGACCAGGAUCCUUCAGAUACCAACCCUUCUCCUCUGCGCGAGGCCCUGGAUCGAUUCGCUCAGUUCUUUAUUGAACCGCUCUUUCUACCCGAGACCCUGGACCGAGAGCUGAAAGCUGUUGAUUCAGAAAAUAAAAAGAAUCUUCAAAAUGACACAUGGAGGCUUCAUCAGCUAGAGAAGUCUCUAUCCAACCCUAACCACCCGUUCUGUCACUUCUCAACCGGCAAUUUUGAGGUUCUCAAGACACUUCCUGAGGCACGUGGAAUUAAUGUGAGGGACAAGUUUAUCGAGUUCCACGCCAGACACUACUCGGCAAACCGCAUGAAGCUGGUUGUUCUGGGUAGAGAACCGCUUGACGUGCUUCAGAAAUGGGUUGCCGAGUUGUUCUCUCCUGUCGUCAACAAAAAGCUUCCACCAAACAGAUGGCCAGGCGAACUUCCUUUCAGGGAAACCGAUCUCGGUAUGCAGUGUUUCGCGAAGCCCGUCAUGGACUCCAGAGAGCUUAACCUGUAUUUCCCCUUCAUCGAUGAGGAGUUUAUGUUUGCUACUCAACCUAGCCGAUAUAUUAGUCAUCUCAUCGGGCAUGAGGGCCCUGGAAGUAUCAUGUCAUAUAUCAAGUCCAAGGGUUGGGCAAAUGGUCUUAGUGCCGGCGCCUACCCUGUUUGCCCUGGGACUCCUGGUAUCUUCGAUGUACAGGUUCGCUUGACGGAAGAAGGUCUUAAGAACUACCCUGAAAUCGUCAAGAUCUUUUUCCAGUACAUCACUCUCCUGCGUGAGAGCCCACCCCAGGAGUGGAUAUUUCAAGAGCAGAAGGGAAUGGCUGAUGUCGAUUUCAAGUUCAAGCAGAAGACGCCUGCCAGUCGCUUUACCAGCCGAAUCAGCUCGGUCAUGCAAAAGCCUCUUCCUCGGGAAUGGUUGCUCAGUGGGCACAGCCGUCUCCGAGAAUUUGCUCCUGAUGAGAUCGAAAAAGCCCUUGCCACGAUUCGCCCGGAUAACUUCCGCAUGGUCAUUGUAUCACGCAAUUAUCCUGGCAACUGGGACCAGAAGGAAAAGUGGUACGGAACUGAAUAUCGACAUGAAAAGAUCCCCGAAGAUCUUAUGGAGGAGUGCAAGAAAGCUUUUGCAGUCUCUCCCAAAGAUCGACUGCCUGCCCUUCACCUGCCUCACAAGAACCAGUUUAUUCCCAACAAGCUCGAGGUCGAGAAGAAGGAGGUGGCCGAGCCGGCACUGAACCCCCGGGUUCUUCGCAAUGAUAGCAUUGCCAGGACAUGGUGGAAGAAGGAUGAUACCUUCUGGGUUCCUCGCGCCAAUGUUAUUGUCAGCUUGAAGACACCACUUAUAUAUGCUUCGGCAGAAAACAACGUCAAGGCUCGACUGUUCUCAGACCUCGUCCGUGAUGCACUCGAGGAGUACUCGUACGACGCGGAGCUGGCUGGCUUGCAGUACAACGUCAGUCUCGAUUCGCGCGGCCUGUUCUUGGACGUUAGCGGCUAUAAUGAUAAGCUGCCUGUGCUCUUGGAACAAGUCGUCACAACAAUGCGAGACCUGGAUAUCAAGGAAGAUCGUUUUGAGAUUGUCAGGGAGCGCUUGAUCCGAGGAUACAGCAACUGGCAGCUGCAAUCAUCCUACCACCAAGUUGGCGAUUACACCAAUUGGCUCAAUGCCCCCGAACGGGACUUUAUUGUAGAGGAGCUCGCAGCGGAGCUUCCAAGUGUCACAUUGGAAGGUGUCAGGCUGUUCCAGAAGCAGAUGCUUGGUCAGGUUUUCAUCGAAGUGUACGUACAUGGUAACAUGUACAAGGAGGAUGCUCUCAAAGCAACCGAUAUGGUCGAGUCCAUCCUGAUGCCACGGGUUUUGCCCAAGGCCCAGUGGCCUAUCCUGCGGUCACUCAUUCUGACCAAAGGUUCCAACUACGUUUUCAGAAAGACCCUCAAGGAUCCUGCCAAUGUUAACCACUGCGUCGAGACUUGGUUUUAUGUCGGUAGCAGAGAAGAUCGCGACAUUCGAACCAAGACUCUCCUUUUGGACCAGAUGCUCCAUGAGCCAGCCUUUGAUCAGCUCCGGACUAAGGAGCAACUCGGCUACAUCGUUUUCAGUGGACCUCGAGCUUUCUCGACGACUUAUGGUUUCCGCUUCCUCAUCCAGAGUGAAAUGACACCAGAGUUUCUUGACUCGCGUAUCGAGGCCUUCCUCAUGAGAUAUGCAGACACUCUGGAGAAGAUGAGCGAGACAGAAUUCGAGGGCCACAAGCGGAGUCUGAUCGUCCGGCGUUUAGAGAAGCUCAGAAACCUGGACCAGGAGUCCACUCGUCAUUGGAACCAGAUCACGAACGAAUACUACGACUUCGAGCUUGCCCAGCGCGAUGCCGCACAGAUUAAGCUCCUGACCAAACCCGAGGUCAUCGAGUUCUUCAACCAGCGCCUCAACCCUGCCUCCAGCCACAGGGCACGGUUAUCAAUUCAUCUUCAGGCUCAAGGUAAGGCUGAAGGGGUCGAUAAGCGACAGGAAGAGGCUCAGAAGAAGGCCGACGAGGAGCCCUCCCCUGGGGAUGCUGUAAAGACGGCCGAGGAAAUCACUGAUGUCAGGCUUUACAAGGCCGGUCUUACCGCAAGUUCAGGGGCCAGACCCGUCAAGGACAUUAACGAGUAUGAGGAUACGGAUGCAAAGUUGUAGAGGUUAUGUUGGGUCUUGGAAUUCUCUGGGUUAACGACUUUAUGUUCUUGAAAAGCCAAGUUGGGGGGUGGGGGGUACAUCUAGACAGAGGCGCGAUACAUUGACAUUGAAUGGUAGAGGGGAGAAGACACUGGACAGCAGGAAUCAGAUGCUUGUAAAUGCAUACUGGUAUUUGGAAACUCGUUUUAGCCAGUCAGUUUUGUACAUGACUAUAACAGCGGUCGAUCGUUCUGGGGUAGCCUUUGUUGAGACACAAAAUGAGAUGUGACUUGGUGAUGAUACUAUUGGCCAUUGCGAUGGAGUAUCCACAUUAGUAGCUAUGAUGUUUUACGCUCC